UUCAACUGGGCCAGUAGAGACAAACGUUGUUAGCUAGCAUUGCUAAGCUGACAUUUGAAGGAAAAGUGAAACAGAAACACAUUUCUUUUGAAAGUAGUCACAUAAGUCAAGCAAUAGUACGGCACAUCGUUCAUAUUCUUGAAAUCGUGUGACAGCUAAACACCAGAAACAACAAGCCAUGCUGACGUGUGAGAUCUGUGGCGAGGAAUUGGUGUUGGAGGAGGACAUGAAGACCCAUCUCCUCCUGAGCCACCUGGAGAAUGACAUGGGCUGCCCCCUCUGUUCCCUUUCCAGAGUCUCCUACGACGAACUCCACUUCCACAUCAAUACAGCACACAAAGAGAAACAGGACCAUGACGGAGCAGAGGGUAGAGGUGGUCACAGUCUUGUCAGGCCCAGCUCAAUGCCUAUUCCCACCACCACAACCACCAUAGUGGACAGUCACUGCAAACAAGCCAUUGGUUUGUCUAGGUCUGAGGGUUCUGAAGGAGGAGUAGCCAAUGGGAACAGGUUUGACACCAUUGGAGGAGGGGUCUCACUCAGGACAUCCAAUAGCACACUGGUGUCUAAGGAGCUAAUGACUGUAACCCCCACGCCUCCAGGGUACACAGCUUUUAGUGGGGGGGAGUCCAGUGGAGGGCGAGCAGUGGCCAUUGUUGGACCCACCUCAUCAGUGUCUACAGGCUUUCUGAUAUCAGCUCAGGACUCCAGUAGGCCUACUAGCAGACACUGUCAUGCUGAGGAGUCUUUGGGAGUGGGAUCCGCAGAGCACACCAAAGUCAAACAGAAGCGUUUCUCCUCCCCACUUAAAGAGAAGCAGUUUCCCUGUCCUAUGUGUGCUCUGGUCUGCACCGAUGCCUUCAUCCUACAGGAACAUGUUGAAUUGCACCUGCUAGAAGAGAGCACAGUUGAAGAGGCUGUCCUGGGGGCCACAUCAUCAACCGAGGCAGCAUCACCCUCAUCCAGCAACAGCUCAGGUGGGAAGAGUUAUGAGUGUCCCAUGUGUUCUGUGGUGUGUGGCGACUGCUACUCCCUACAGGAACAUGUGGAGCUGCAUCUGGACUAUGGCACAGCCACUAGUGCAGUGAGCCCUGGCUCAGACCUGAGGCUGGCCAGAGGACUGCAGGAGGAGGAGAAGGAGAGGAGGAAGGAGCAGGAGGCCAAGCGGGAGGCAGAGGAGUUCAAGAAGCUGCAGAGGCAGUUUGGUGUGGACGGGAGGGGGGGCUACCGCAGACAGAUGGAGAGGACCAUGGAGAAAGACGUGUCUCGAGGUGUCAUGGUGCCUGCUGACUUCCACAACAAGAGAGCAGAGAUGAUGGAGGCUCUGGCCUCAGGGGUCGACGAUGGCAGGACCAGAACGCAGGUUUAUUGUAUUCCCCUCAUUCUGUCAGGCGUGCUGGAUGCUCUGUAUGUUUACUACCAGAGGGAGGCCAGAGACUGUGUCCACGUGUGGCUGAGUGCUGAAACAGACCACUACUGCUCGUCAGAGGGGGAUAAGGGCUGGGGAUGUGGCUACAGAAACUUCCAGAUGCUCCUGUCCUCUCUGCAAAGAAUGGAGCCCUACACUACCUGUCUCUCGGUACCCAGCAUCCCCCAGGUGCAGGUGUUGAUAGAAGGGGCGUGGCGGGAGGGGUUAGACCCACAGGGCGCAACCCACUUUAACCAGCGACUACAGGGCACACGGGCCUGGAUAGGAGCUACGGAGAUCUACGCUCUCUGCACCUCCCUCAGAGUCAGUGCCCGUGUUCUAGACUUCCACCAGCCCACAGGCCCAGGGGACACUCACCCCCGCCUCUUUGACUGGGUGAAGCAGUACUUCUCUCAGACUGCCACCAGAGGUGCCAGACUACCGCCCCGGGUGGUGCAGACCACACAGCCGCCCCUCUACCUCCAGCACCAAGGCCAUAGCCGCUCUAUAGUAGGAGUGGAACAGAAGAAGAAUGGCAGCCUGUGCCUGUUGCUCCUGGACCCUGGCUGUUCACCUGGAGAUGUGAGGAAACUGCUGAGCCAAGAUGGCUCCACUGUUACCACAGCUGUCCGCCGCAUGAGGAAGUUUCCUGGCAACCUGAAACAUAGGCAGUACCAGGUGGUGGCUGUAGAGGGCGUGCUCUCCCCCGAGGAGAAACGGACCCGCAUUCUCAACUCAAGAACACUACGAGCCGAGAGGAUCCCUUGAUGCUGGAAUGCAGUUGUCGCCUUCAUUUUACUGUGACUGUAAAUGUCAUUUCUAACUGCCAAAAACAUUUUAUGUUGAAUUUUCUUUGACAUUUUAUUAAGGGAAUAAAUUAUGUAUUUUAA